AUAACUACGUUUAAACUCUAUUAAUACUUUAAGGACAAGAAAUUGAUAUAACUCAUAUUUGUAUUAAUUUAAGAUAGAAAGGUAGUAUAGAGGAUAAGACUUUAUUGUUGUAAAGACGUUUCCAAAUAGAAAGAUUUUGAUAAAAGAUAGUCAGAAUCUCUAUUCAAAUAAACGUGUAUACAUUCCAAUGUCCACGGAAGAGCCCAUAUCUUCCGUAGCAUCACCAUCUCCUCCUCCACCGCCAGCUAACAAGGAGUCUCCACUCACGGAUAUUGCCACAUCGCCUCCUCCAUUUUCUUUACCAUUGGAGGAUACUGAACUUGAAGAACAUUCAGCCGUUGACCGUUCUACUGCUAACGAAGAUAGUUCUGAAUUAAGUGACCUUGAAGAAGAUUCCGAAGCAGAAACAGACAAGAUGGAUUUCUUGGAAGACGAAGGUAAUUCUAGUUUAGAUCAUUCAACUCUGGAUUUACAAGCAUUAUCUAAAUUAACUGAGUUUGCCAAAUUAAAGGAAGUUGAUGAGAUGCAAGAUGAUGAAGAUGGAGUAGAUAUAGAAGAUCUUGAGGUGAAUAGUAGCGGUGGUAUUGAGAAGGAUCUAGAUGAUAUUUCUAGAGGGACGAAGAGGAGAGUGGAGGAGAAUGAGGAUGAAGUAGAAGUGGAAGUGGGAGACAUCGUGGAAGAUGAUAGUCGAAAGAAGCAAAAAGUUGAAGAAAAUAUAACAGUUCCUGUUGUUGAUCUGGGAGAUGCUGAUCUGGAAUCGGUAGGUGAUCAAGUUAAACUGAAGAUAGGGAAACAAGCAGAUGAUGGAGAGAUUGUUCCUGGGGAUAAUGAAGUAUCAAAAGAAGAUUCAAAUGAAGAUGAAAAAAUUACAAAGAUUGAAGAAGUGACUACAAAUGUGGUGGACAACUCAGUGGUUGAGCAUGAAGAAAAAAUUAAUGAAGAGAAAGAAGUUGAAGGUAAAGUUAACGUUGAAGUUGAAGCUAAAGAGGUUGAUAUGGAGACUGAAUCUCAAGCUAUAUCUGAUAUUACACCUGAACUUAAACAAACUGAACCUCAAAUAGAAUCACAAGUUGAGUCGCAAGUUGAAUCGCAAGUUGAAUCGCAUGUUGAAUCACAAGUUGAAUCGCACGUUGAAGAUGAAGAUAUUGUUGAAGAGGAGGAGGAGGAAGAAGAAGAAGAGGAAGAAGAGGAAGAGGAAGAGGAAGAGGAAGAAGAGGAGGAUAAAGGAGAAGAAGUAACAAAUGAUAAAUCUUCCAAUUUGAAUGUCGAGACAACUGAAGAAAUAGAUUUAAAUGAACAACGGAAAUUAGCAAUUGAAGAACUUUAUUCAAUUGAAGAAGAUUUUGCACAACUUCGAGAUAAAUUAUAUCAAGAUAAGCUUAAUCUUUUAGAACAUGAACUUCAAUUAUGUCUUGAAGGAUCACAUCCUGAACUUUCAAAGAUAUACUAUAAAAUCAAUGGGUUUUAUCAAGAUAGUUUAAAACAUGCAAAUGCUAAUCUUAAUUAUAAAUUAAGAUGUAUUGAUCGACAAACAGUUGCAUGUAGAACAUCAAUACAUCAAGAUUUUCUUAAGAAUUUGAUGGAUACCAAAAAUGAUAUGAUUGCUGAUACUACUUCAUUAUGGUACAAGAUAAAUAAAGAAAGGAAUCAAAUGGAUCAACUUGUGCCUGAUUAUAACUUUAGUGCAGUUCCACUGGUAGCUACCAUGACAAUGGGGGCACCUGAAGAGAUUGGAGAAACUCCACAAUUGGUACCAUUAUCUAAAAAAGUUGUUAAACAGAAAACGCUAUUUGAAUUGGUACUUCAAAGAAAUAAUCUUAAUCAUGAAUUAGGAAUACAAGGAGGAUUACUUGAAUUCCAUGGAUUUCCAUCUGCUGUUGCUACUAGAAUGGCAGAUGAUGAUUUUGAAGAGAAUGAGGUGAUUGAAGAGCUACUUUUGAGAAGAGCAACUGAAGAUGAAAUCCAGGAUGAUCUCAAGGCGAUGGGUAUAACCAUAUGAUAUAUAGAAGAUUCAUACAGUAUUAUUAUUAUAAUUAAAUUAUUAU